AUGCCGUUACCCCUCAGCUUCACGACGAGCAUCUUCGGGAUAAAGGCGCGGAAUUCUGAAGACGGGCUCUGGACGGUCGCCGAGGAGCUCAGGAUCAUCAUCCCUGUCUCCAUGGUGGUCAUGAUUGCAACUCUCCAACUCACCUGCUUCGACUUCGUACGAGAGCUGUUCGUUUCCGCUCUCGACUAUGUCUUCACUUGGAUUGUCGUAAGAACUGGCUUUUACCAGCCGUGGCUGGCUAAUUCUCACAUGUUUAACACCGAAACUAUCAAGGCCUGGCGCAAAGAGCCCGAGCCAGUCAGUCUACCGGUCAAUUGCAAGGCGGUUGCGGGCGCCUUGCGCGUCCGCCAUGGACGCCACGGACCUCAGAGAUCUGAGAGCUGCUACGCACGAAGGGGGCUACCCAUGCUGCGCGCCAUCUGGCUGAAAAGCGCCUGGCGCCGGAGGCGGGCGAUGGAGGAGCAGGAGCGGAGACGGAGAGAAGAGGAGCCAACGAAACCAGAGGUGUAG